CGUGACCUGACGGCGUGACGUCACUCUUACCACGGGCCUGAAAAGAAUAAACACAGAGCCAAGAUGGCGGCUGACAGUGACCCGGAGUCUGAAGUGUUUGAGAUCACAGAUUUCACCACCGCAUCCGAGUGGGAGAGAUUUAUAUCCAGAGUUGAGGAAGUGCUCAAUGACUGGAAGCUGAUUGGUUGUCGUGUUGGGAAACCUCCACAGAAGGGCGAGUUCACUAGCGGUUCCUGGGAGGAAACGUCUCAAGAGAUCAACUUUGCAGAUUUUAAGUUUACUAUCACACAUCACUAUCUGAAACAAGAGACAGCAGAGAAUGAGAGCAGAGAUGAACCAGAGGAAGAUGCGUUUCCUCUGGCCAUGCAGGACCUGCUGUGCAUGAACAAUGACUUUCCUCCUCGAGCUCACUGUCUGGUCCGAUGGUACGGUGUGCGUGAGUUUUUGGUGAUUUCUCCAGGAGCAAACUGUGAAGCCAUCAUCAGUGAAUCUAAAUGUAACCUGCUGCUGAGUUCAGUGUCCAUCGCUCUCGCCAACACCGGCUGUCAGGUGCCGCUGUUCGUUCAGAUCCAGCAGAAGUGGAGGAGGAUGUACUCAGGUGAGUGUCAGGGGUCGGGCAUUCGUACAGACUUUGAGAUGGUGCACCUGCGUAAAGUUCCCAGUCAAUACAACCACCUGUCAGGACUGCUGGACGUCUUCAAGAACAAGAUUGGCUGCCCACUGACGCCGCUGCCGCCCAUCAACAUCUCCAUUCGCUUCACGUAUGUUCUGCAGGACUGGCAGCAGUGCUCAUGGCCUCAGCAGCCGCCAGACUUUGAUGCUCUUCUCGCGGGUGAGGUGGGGGGCGUGGAGUUCGGCAAACUUCCUUUCGGAGCUUGUGAAGAUCCAAUCAGUGAGUUGCACCUUUCAACAACGUGGCCGAAUCUGACGGAGGGAAUCGUUGUGGAUAAUGAUGUUUAUUCUGAUCUGGAUCCUCUUCAAGCUCCUCACUGGUCUGUUCGAGUGCGGAAAGCCGACAAUCCUCAGUGUUUGCUGGGGGAGUUCCUCAUGGAGUUCUUCAAGCUCUGCUGUCGGAAGGAAACCACAGAAGAGAUUCUGGGCAGGAACUCAGUAGAGGAGGAGGGCAAAGACAACAGUGACAUCACUCAAGCCUUGUCUAAACUGACGGAGCCCACGGCGGUCCCCAUCCCCAAACUCUCUGUGUCCAACAUGGUUCACAGCGCACGCAAACGUAUACGCCGACACAGACGGAUCGAGGAGUCGCCUCUGAGCAAUGAUGUGCUGAACUCAAUCCUGCUGUAUCUCUUUCCAGAUGCUUCUGUAGAUAAGUCAGACUCUAGUGAUGUGAAGUCUACACAACAAAACACAGGAGGAAACACUGAACAGGAAAAACAAUCAGAAGAUUAUCAUCUGUAUAAUCAGCUGAAAUCGGCUCCCGCUGACAGUCUGACGUCUCGUCUGGCGUUGUGUAUCUGUAUGGUGAACUUCUAUCAUGGAGGCGUGCGAGCCGUCGCUCACCUGUGGCAGGAGUUUGUGUUGGAGAUGAGAUACCGCUGGGAAAACAACUGUCUCAUCUACGGGCUGUCCAGUGGAGCUCCUGAUCUCAGGUGUUGUCUUCUUCAUCAGAAGCUGCAGAUGCUGAACUGCUGCAUCGAGCGCAAGAGAGCGAGGGAUACUGGAAGGAAGAGUGAGGGUGGCAGAGAAAAGAACAGACUGGCACCUGACACUGCCGGACCGCCGGCCGCUGAAGUGUCACCUGGGAAGUCGUGGGACUCGUGGAGCGACAGCGAAGAGGAAUUCUUUGAGUGUUUGAGUGACACAGAGGAGAUGAAGGAGGCGGAGACUGAGAGCGACAAGAAAGCAGCCAAUAAGGGCAAAGCAGAGGGCCGAUUACAGCCGCACGGGAAACUCACCCUACUGAACUCACAAGAACCGCUCUACAUACCUGUGACACAGGAGCCGGCACCCAUGACUGAAGAUCUGCUGGAGGAGCAGUCUGAGGUUCUGGCUAAACUGGGCACAUCGGCUGAAGGUGCCCACCUGCGUGCCCGUAUGCAGAGUGCCUGUCUGCUGUCAGAUAUGGAGUCGUUCAAGGCAGCAAAUCCAGGCUGUUCAUUGGAGGAUUUUGUGCGUUGGUAUUCCCCGAGAGAUUACAUUGAGGAGGUGGUGACAGAUGAAUCGGGUCAGAUCGUUGUUCAGGGCGACCUGAGCGCCCGCAUGAAGAUCCCGGGUAACAUGUGGGUGGAAGCGUGGGAGACGGCGAAGGCCACGCCCGCUCGCCGACAGAAGAGACUGUUUGACGACACCAAAGAAGCAGAGAAGGUGCUGCAUUAUCUUGCAGUUCAGAAACCUGCUGAUUUGACAAGACAUCUGCUGCCGUGUGUCCUGCACGCUGCUCUGAUCAAAGUCAAAGAGGAAGAGUCGACUGAAGACAUUCUGUCUGUCCGUAAAGCGCUGCAGCAGGUCACCGCUCACGCCAGUAAACUGCUGCGACAUCCAAACCCCGACUUCAAGAAACUAGAGGAUGUUAUUAAUCAGAUGACGGUGGUAGAGGCUGUUAUCGCCUGUGCCCGAUCACUGAGGGCUAAGUUUGGCAUUGCCAAUGCAGAGAGAGGGGGUGAUUGCGAAGAUCUGGAGAGGUUCGUCAGUGGUCUGUUGGAGGAUCCAGAGGUGUGUGUGAUCGGUGCAGGUCGCAGUCCAGCAGGAAACAUCAUCCACAAACUGUUCAUCAGUUCACAACGGUUGGCUGACGGCAGUGAUGAGGCAGCGCUGUUGGCUCCAGCGGACGAGGAAUCGAUGCGUGUGGGCGGAACAGACGACAGGAAGCCCGUUCCAGAUUUUCCGCCCCCUGCAGGACGAGAAAUUCUCUUACGGACCUGCGUGCCACGUCCCGCGCCGUAUUCCAAAGCUCUGCCGCAGCGCCUCUUCUGCGUGCUCAUGAGAGAAGACUUCCGGCUCGCAGGAGCGUUCUCAUCCGACACCACCUUCUUCUGAUGAGUAGCGGCUGGGCGUUUAGAACACGAUGGGUUGGUUAACGGGACACAAGUUUAGUGUAAUAACAAGUGAAGUUUUGGGGAAUAUUAACACACAGAUAGUGCUGGUAUCGUCUUAUAAUCUGUGUUCACAUCUCCACUGCAGCAGUAUUCUUACAGAGUUAAAACGAUUAAGUUAUAAUUAUUGGAAAAGGCUGUUUUCAGAUCAGCCCUUGAGGGGAAAGUGCACUAUUGAGGGUGCUCAUCUCCUCUGGAUAGAUGUUAAAAUGGCUUCUAUGUGUUGGGUUAUCACACAUGCUAAUAAUAUCAGUUCCCCUACUGUGUGCUUGAUGAGGGAUUCUGAACUACUCUCACACUGAAGUCACAAAGCUUUGCCUGAGGACCACAGAUUUGGCCAUUAUGUGUGUGUGUGAUUAAAAUAGCAGCUGUAUGUAGGAGGACAUAAACACAUGUAUUUUAUUCAUUUACAUCUUAUUAGUACAAAUAUAUCAUAAACUGUCUUAGGAAACCACAAGCUUUAAAACAGAUAAACUGUUGUGUAAAUCAGUAGAUGACAUCAGUGUCAAUAAUUGAUCAGCAUUGUAUUAGUUUGUAUGCCAGAAGUUUAAUAACAUCAGUUUUUCAGUAGAUUUACAGUUUGUUCUAUAUCGGAGUGAUUCUCAUGAAACCUUCAAGAAAAUGUCCUAGUAAUGUUUAACCCCAAAUCAAUAAUAUAUAUAUAUAUAUAUAUGAAAUUAUAUUUUGCUUAAAGAAAAUGAAGCCUGCUGCAGUUCAUUUGGACGUUUUACUUUUACUCGGCAUUAUUUUCAAUUAUGAUUCCCAUUUCUGUAAAACAGUCAUUUUUACUGUAUUACAGUGAGAAAGAUGUUCAGUCAUUUUUAGAUUUUAAAUAAGCGAAAAUGAAAAGCAGCACGAAGGGAGUACUACUGUGAUGUAUAAAUACUUCAAAAUUUAAAUAAUAAAGAAUUUCACAUUGCAUAAUGUCACGUUGUAGUAAUGUGAAUAUCGCAAUUACCGUAAUUUUUCACGUUGUGGUUAUGAAACUAUCGCAAUUACUGAUUUUUUUUUUUUUUUUCAUGUUGCGGUAAUGAAAAUAUUGUAAUUACCAUCUUUUUUCACGUUGCAGAAGUGAGAAUAUCACAAUUCCAAUCUUUUUUUAAUAUUGCAGUAGUGAGUAUCGCAGUUACCAUCUUUUUUUCCACGUCAUGAUAAUGAGAAUUUCGUAGCCUACUUAGCAUCUUUUUUUGGCGUUCUGGUAGUAAGAAUAACGUAAUUUCUAUAAUUUUCAUGUUGCUGUAAUGAGAAUAUCGUAAUUAACAUCUUUCUGCAUUGCGGUAAUUAGGAUAUUGUAAUCACUAUAUUUUUCAUGUUGCGGUAAUGAGAAUAUCGUAAUUACCAUCUUUAUGCGUUGCAGUUAUUAGAAUACUGUAAUCACUAUAUUUUUCAUGUUGCGAUAAUGAGAAUAUCGUAAUUACCAUCUUUUUGCGUUGCGGUAAUUAGGAUAUUGUAAUCACUAUAUUUUUCACGUUGCGGUAAUGAGAAUAUCGUAAUUACCAUCUUUCUGCGUUGCGGUAAUUAGGAUAUUGUAAUCACUAUAUUUUUCAUGUUGCGGUAAUGAGAAUAUCGUAAUUACCAUCUUUAUGCGUUGCAGUUAUUAGAAUACUGUAAUCACUAUAUUUUUCAUGUUGCGAUAAUGAGAAUAUCGUAAUUACCAUCUUUUUGCGUUGCGGUAAUUAGGAUAUUGUAAUCACUAUAUUUUUCACGUUGCAGUAAUGAGAAUAUCGUAAUUACCAUCUUUUUGCGUUGCGGUAAUUAGGAUAUUGUAAUCACUAUAUUUUUCAUGUUGCGAUAAUGAGAAUAUCAUAAUUACCAUCUUUUUGCGUUGCGGUAAUUAGGAUAUUGUAAUCACUAUAUUUUUCAUGUUGCGGUAAUGAGAAUAUCGUAAUUACCAUCUUUUUGCGUUGCGGUAAUUAGGAUAUUGUAAUCACUAUAUUUUUCACGUUGCGAUAAUGAGAAUAUCGUAAUUACCAUCUUUUUGCGUUGCGGUAAUUAGGAUAUUGUAAUCACUAUAUUUUUCACGUUGCGGUAAUGAGAAUAUCGUAAUAUCCAUCUUUUUGUGUUGCGCAGUUGUGUAAUAUCACAAUUACAGUCUCUCUUCAUGUUGCUGUAAUGAGAUUAUUGUAAUUACUUUUUUUUUUUCCACAUUGUGGUAAUGAGAAUUGGGGUGUAAAUUGUGCAUUACUGUCAUGAAAAUAAAGUUACAGUGUAAAAAAUCUUAAUGGCCAUAAAAAUAGGCCUCAUUUUUUUAUAUGCAUCAUAUUAUCCUUUUUGUUUUUUUUUGUUGUUUUUUUUUUGGAGCAAAUCAGGCCAGGACAUUUUCUUGACAGGUUUCGUGAGAAUCAGUCUUCUGUCUGACCGUCAUUUCAAAAGAUUGUGCUGCUAAUGUUUACCAAAUCAAAAUGUCAGUAAUUCUCCAUUAAUGACAUAAAUAUAAGAGUUGAAUAUUAAAGUGCGAUCGAAUAGAUGAUAUAUUGUUUGUAUGUAGAUUCUGCUCUUGUUUCUGAAGUGCUAUUAAUAAUCAACAUCUUCAUUUGGAUUGUGUGCAUGUUAGAAAGGCGAUGAUUGUGUACAUUUUGUCUGUUUGACAAAGAACCAUAAACUCUGUGACACUAGUGUAAAUGUCAAAAGAAUAUGAUCAUCUGUAAUGUCAGAAUUUACAAAUUCAGUAGCAGUUACUUGAAUAAAAAUAAUAAGUGUCUUAACGUACAGUAA